CGCGCCGGAUUCAAUAUGGCGGCGCCCCGGAUUCAACAUGGCGGCGCCCUGGGACUCAACAUGGCGGCGCCCUUGGACUCAACAUGGCGGCGCCCGGGCGGCAGCACCGGAAGCGUGCGUCGCCCUUCCGACGUGACGCGCGCGGUGACGUCAAGGCGCCGCCGGGACCAGCCGAGCACGGUGUGGCGUCGAGCCCGCGGCGCCCUCCGGCCCGCCCCGACGAGGAGACGGCGCAGCGGCCCCGCGAUGGCGGGCGAGCCCGGGCGGCCCGAGGCGGGGGACCCGGGGCGACCCCCGCGGGGGGCCCCGGCGGCGGGCGGCGAGGCCGUGGUCACCGAGGGGGCCGCCAGGAUCGUCUUCCCCGGCGCCAACGAGGUCUUCUACAACCCCGUCCAGGAAUUCAACCGCGACCUGACGUGCGCCGUCGUCACGGAGUUCGCCCGCCUGCAGCUGGCCGCCAAGGGCAUCCGGGUCGUCGUGCCCGGGGAGGACGAGGCGGAGGCGGCGGAGCGGACCGGGGAGGAGGCCGGAGGCGCCGGGCCCGAGACGGCGGCCGUGGGGGAGAUCUGUGAGGAGGGUCUUCGGGUGCUGGAGGGUCUGGCGGCGACGGGGCUGCGCUCCAUCCGCUUCGCCCGCGAGGUGCCGGGCCUCCGGGCCGUGGUGGCCAACGACGCCUCCGCCCGGGCCGUCGACCUCGUGACCCGCAACGUCCAGCUCAACGCCGUGGCCCACCUGGUGCGGCCCAGCCUGGCAGACGCCCGGACGCUGAUGUACCGGCACCAGUCGGGGCCGGAGCGCUUCGACGUCAUCGACCUGGACCCCUACGGAAGCCCCUCGCCCUUCCUGGACGCGGCCGUGCGGGCCGUGAGCGAAGGAGGCCUGCUCUGCGUCACGUGCACGGACAUGGCCGUCAUGGCGGGCAACGGCGGCGAGACCUGCUACGGCAAGUACGGGGCCGUGUCCCUCAAGAGCCCCGCCUGCCACGAGAUGGCGCUGCGCAUCGUCCUCCACAGCCUGGACCUGCACGCCAACUGCUACCGGCGGUACGUGGCGCCCCUGCUCUCCGUCAGCGCCGACUUCUACGUCCGCGUCUUCGUCCGCGUCUUCACCGGCCAGGCCAAGGUCAAGGCCUCCGCCAGCAAGCAGGCCCUCGUCUACCAGUGCGGCGGCUGCGGCGCCUUCCACCUGCAGCGGCUGGGCAAGGCCAGCGACCAGGGCGACCGCGUCAAGUUCUCGGCGGCCAGCGGCCCCCCCGUCGGCCCGGCCUGUGAGUUCUGCGGCCAGCGGCACCAGCUCGGGGGGCCGCUGUGGGCCGAGCCCAUCCACGACCCGGACUUCGUGGGCCGCGUCCUGAGCGCCGUCGGCCGGAACCCCGGACGCUUCCGCACCGCCGCCCGCAUCCAGGGCGUCCUCAGCAUGGUGUCCGAGGAGCUGAGCGACGUGCCCCUCUACUACACCCUGACCCAGCUGAGCAGCACCCUCCACUGCAGCACCCCCUCCCUGCUGCAGUUCAGAUCGGCGGUGCUGCACGCCGGCUACCGCGUCUCCCUGUCCCACGCCCGCAAGGACGCCGUCAAGACGGACGCCCCCCCCUCGGCCCUCUGGGACAUCAUGCGCUGCUGGGAGAAGGCGAACCCCGUCAAGCGGGAACGGCUGUCGGAGACCAGCCCGGCCUUCCGGAUCCUCGCCACGGAACCCACGCUGCAGGCGAAUUUCUCCAUCCGGGCCGACGCCAACCCCAGCUCCCGCCAACGCAAGCGGAAGCGCUUCCAGGUCAACCCCGAGGCCAACUGGGGGCCCAAGGCCCGCGCCCGCCGGGAGGGAAGACCCGGGCCCCGGAGGAGAAGAGACGGCAGCAUCAGAACAAGCGCAAGGAGGCCGGCGGGGACAGCGACCGGCUCAAGGCCUUUCCUUGCAAGAAGUUCAAGCAGGGAGCCUGCACCCUGGGCGGCGACUGCUGCUACUCCCACCCGGCCCCCUCGCCGGAGCCGGCCCCCCGGCCCCCGCCGGCCCCGGAGACGACUUGACCGUGGGCGGGGCCGGGCCGUCCGACCCAUUAAAGGCCGAGCGGAGGAGGCCGGUGGUCAAGCGCCGGAUGUGGAACUGUCGCCCGCCGAGCGACAGUCGUCCGGAGGAGGCCGGCGAGCCUCGCCCCGGGAGCCCGCCCGCACGGCGGAGGCCGGUACGUAG